GCCACCAUGUCAGCCCAGGCGCAGAUGCGGGCCCUGCUGGACCAGCUCAUGGGCACGGCCCGGGACGGUUCAGUGUAUCUUUGCCUGCCUACAUCAAUCUGCAAGGGAGUUGCAGAAAAGCCUCAUGUUCAUCGAGCCGUGAGUCACAACCAAUUUCUAAGCUGUUAUAACAAAAAAGUGUUUGCUUUUUUUCACAAGUAUCUUUAAAAGUGUAGUUUAGAAAGAGAGCAUUUUCAAUAAGAAGACACUACAUUAAUCCUGGAUGCUUGCAAAUCCUAAGAUAUAUUCCUCCUUUAGUAUUACACAGCUCUGUGUCCUAUACACAGAUUAGCUUUAAAAUUUGUCACAUUCCACUUUGCCUUUACUUUUAUGUAUCAUUCCCCUGACUUCCUUACUGCAGGUUGGGCAAGAAAACUUUUCCUUUAAAACUUUUCAACAGCGGGCAUAAAAUUCUGCAGCUGAGGUCUUGAAGAAUGCAGAUGGGAGAUGAAACCAGACAGAGGGUGAAGUUUACAGAUGACCGAGUCUGCAAGAGUCACCUUCUGGACUGCUGCCCUCAUGACAUCCUGGCUGGGACGCGCAUGGAUUUAGGAGAAUGUACCAAAAUCCACGAUUUGGCCCUCCGAGCAGAUUAUGAAAUCGCAAGUAAAGAAAGGGACCUGUUUUUUGAAUUGGAUGCGAUGGAUCACUUGGAGUCCUUUAUCGCUGAGUGUGAUCGGAGAACUGAACUUGCCAAGAAGCGGCUGGCAGAGACACAGGAGGAGAUCAGUGCAGAAGUUUCUGCAAAGGCAGAAAAAGUACAUGAGUUGAAUGAAGAAAUAGGAAAACUUCUUGCUAAAGCUGAACAGCUGGGAGCAGAAGGAAAUGUGGAUGAAUCCCAGAAAAUUCUUAUGGAAGUGGAGAAAGUCCGUGCAAAGAAAAAAGAAGCUGAGGAAGAAUACAGAAAUUCUAUGCCUGCAUCCAGUUUUCAACAGCAGAAGUUGCGUGUCUGUGAAGUCUGCUCAGCCUACCUUGGUCUCCAUGACAAUGACCGUCGUCUUGCAGACCACUUUGGGGGCAAAUUGCACUUGGGGUUCAUUCAGAUCCGAGAGAAGCUUGAUCAGUUGAGGAAAACUGUGGCUGAAAAACAGGAGAAGAGAAACCAGGAUCGCUUGAGGAGGAGAGAAGAGAGGGAACGGGAGGAGCGGCUGAGCAGGAGGUCUGGAUCAAGAACCAGAGAUCGCAGGAGGUCACGUUCCCGGGACCGGCGUCGGAGGCGGUCAAGAUCUACCUCCAGAGAACGACGAAAGCCUUCCAGGUCCCGGUCCCGAGACAGACACCGGCGUCACCGCAGUCGUUCCCGGAGUCACAGCCGGGGCCACCGCCGGACUUCCAGGGACCGGAGUGCGAAAUACAAGUUCUCCAGAGAGCGGGCGUCGAGGGAGGAGUCCUGGGAGCGAGGUCGGAGCGAGCGUGGGGCCACCGACUGGAGGCUUGAAAGCUCCAAUGGGAAGACAUCGGAGGAGAAGGAGGCUGGAGAGAUCUGAACCUAUGCCUGGGCGCUGUAAAUAGUCUGAUCAAUGUUGGACACAGCCUGAAGUUACCCUUUAUAUUUGCUGAAUACAACUCAUCUUUUGUAGUUUAAAAUUUCUAUUGUUUUGGAGCUAGCUGUGAGUUUCUAGAGAUGUACAGAAUUACUCCUGUGUUCUGCGGUUAUGUUGAGUAGGAAUAAAUAAAUAUGACUGACUGCCUCCUGAAUGCUGCAA